AUGACCUUUAAAGAUAAUCAGACAUCUCUUGUUAUUAUAGCACUGACUUUCACUUCUGCAACAAGCCAAAAUAUAUCCAAGAUUACAUGCAUUUUAAUCAAGCAGAAGAAUAAAGGUUCAAGAACACUGGAGUCAUCUGGAUCUCCUAAGUUGGAUAACAUUUUGGAAGAUCUUGGGUGUUAUUUGAGCUCUCAAGGCACAGAGGAAGUCUAUAGAAUGGCUAAAAUUGUGGAAGCUGAUGUGUUUGAAGACAUUAAAUUAAAAGUAAUAAUGAAUAUUUCAGAGAUCUUUUCAUGCUUUUGGCUCUUUAAAGAGAACAAAACUGACUGCAGACCUACAUUGGACCCUGGAAAGAAAUAUGUUGUUUCUCUGGCCAUUCCUAAAAUAAAAGAAACAGAAGCUGGAAAAUACACACUGUCAGUUAUAAGUGAAAACAAUAAUUAUUCAAUAAUAUUAACAGUCCUCAUAAGAAGAAAACCAAGGACACCAUAUUUUAGAAAGAGUGAAAAAUCAAACACUAUAAACUGCAUAUCUGAAGGGUACCCUCAACCAGUUUUGGAGUGGUUAUUUUGCAAAACACCUGAUAAUAGUUGUACCAAUAAAUAUCAUGAACAAAGUAAGAAAAAAGGGGACAUGUAUGGAAUGAAGAAAGUACAACAUGGAUUAUGGGCAAAUACAUUAUUUCAAACAUAUAUAUGGUGCUGUGCAACCAAUGUGCUGGGCAGAGAAUGCACCAACCUGUAUACAAUAGAUCUAAAUGAAGUACUUGAAAGACCUGUACCUGAACUCCUUCUUAAAGUUGGCGAACCAUUAUUGAUAAGAUGUAAAGCGGUUUAUAGUAGCUAUAAAUUCAAAAUUAACUGGAGUCUUGAAAACAAAGCAUUAAAGCAGGGAUCUUCCUUUGAGGAAAAAAAAUACCAGGAAGACUCAUCUAUGACUCGGAUACAGUAUGCAUUUGCUUCAUCGGUGGGAAGAAGUGAAAGUGGACAUUACACCUGUUCUUCCACAGAACAUCCAAAUAAGACAGCUUUGGUAACUGUUUUAGAAGAGGGAUUUAUAAAUGUAACUGACUCCAGAGAAGAUUUUGAGAUUGAUCUACAGGAGAAGUUUUGUUUUGAAGUUAAACUUAAAGCUUAUCCACCAAUUACGUGUGUGUGGAUAUUUUCACAAAAAUCAUUUCCUUGUGGGCAAAUUUACAGCAUGGAUGACUACAGCAUUUCUUCCAGGUUCUGUGAUCAUCAAUAUCAGUCAGGGAAAUAUAUAUUCUAUGCUGAAAAUGAUGAUACACAUGUAGAGAAAACAUUAACAUUGUGUGUGAGAAGGGAGCCUGAGAUAAUGAUAUAUUCAACAUCCAGAGAUAUUUCUUGCACCUCUGAUAGUUACCCUGCAUCAUCUUGGACCUGGAGAAACUGCCUGGAGCCUGAUCCUUCUAAUUGCACGGAAGAAAUCACAGAAGGCAUUUCGAAUGUCGUACCUGAACAGAGAAGUUUGGGGUCCUGGAUUUCAAGCAGCACACUAGAUUUAGAGGACACAGUAACAGGCUUCUCUGUUGAGUGCUGCGCGAACAAUUCUGUUGGCUCCUCCUGUGAGAAGGUUUUUGUUAACCGGCAAGGAGCUGUCUUUGCUCUCCAAGAUAAUGUUCCAUUCUAUGCAGCGUUUGGAUUCUGCCUUCCAUUUAUAUUUGCCUCCAUUGUUAUUUUUCAUAAAUACAAAAAGCAAUUGAAAUAUGAAAGCCAACUACAGAUGAUACAGAUGGUUGGCCCCUCUGAUAAUGAGUACAUCUACAUAGAUUUCAGUACAUUUGAGUAUGAUCCCAAAUGGGAGUUUCCAAGAGAAAAUCUGGAAUUUGGGCAAGUACUCGGAUCUGGUGCCUUUGGAAAAGUGAUGAACGCUACAGCUUACGGAAUAAGAAAAACAGGAGAUUCAGUCCAGGUUGCAGUUAAAAUGCUUAAAGAAAAACCUGAUGUUUCUGAAAAAGAUGCUCUAAUGUCCGAGCUCAAAAUGAUGACUCAUAUUGGAAACCAUGAAAAUAUUGUGAAUCUCCUAGGAGCUUGCACUAUGUCAGGACCAGUUUACUUGAUUUUUGAAUAUUGUUGCUAUGGGGACCUUCUGAACUACUUAAGGAGCAAAAGAGAGAAAUUUCACAGAACAUGGACAGAUAUCUUCAAACAGCACAAUUUCAGCUUCUACCACAAUUUCCACACGGAUCAAAACUCCAGAAGGGGAACUAUAUUAAAAAAUGGAUCAUAUAUUACAUCAGUUAAAAUGGAUAGCCUUGGAGAUAUGCAAUCAAGCCAAGACUUAGAUUUGAUCUCUGAAUCAAAUGGGAUGAUGAUGUUUUCUGAGGAAGAUGAAAUUAAAUACAUCAAUGGAAGACUGUAUGAAGAAGAGGACUUCAAUGUGCUCACUUUUGAAGAUCUCCUUUGCUUCUCAUAUCAGGUUGCCAAAGGGAUGGAGUUCCUUGAGUCAAAAUCGUGCAUCCAUAGAGACCUUGCUGCCAGGAAUGUAUUAGUGACCCAUGGAAAAGUGGUGAAAAUAUGUGACUUUGGCCUUGCCAGAGAUAUAGAGAAUGAUUCUAACUACAUCAUCAAAGGCAAUACCCGUUUACCAGUGAAAUGGAUGGCUCCCGAAAGCUUAUUUGAAAGGAUAUACACAAUUAAGAGUGAUGUCUGGUCUUAUGGAAUAUUACUCUGGGAAAUAUUCUCUCUUGGUGUGAACCCCUAUCCUGGUAUUCAGGUUGAUGCAAACUUCUACAAACUCAUUCAAAGUGGAUUUAAAAUGGACCAGCCUUAUUAUGCUACAGAAGAAAUAUACUUUGUAAUGCAGUCCUGCUGGGCUCUUGACUCCAGAAAAAGGCCUUCCUUUUCCUGGUUGGUUUCCCUGCUGGACUCUCAGCUGGUGGAUGCAGAAGGAGAGGUCUAUCGAAAUACGGAGAACAACAUUUCUACACACACUUACAAUUACAAAAACAGACCACAGGUGACCACAGAAGAUGAAUCUCUUCCUUGCACCAAUCUAAACCAAAAUGAAGAUCCUCAGUUUUAAA